AUGAAAAAUAGCAGUCCUAGUCCUAGCGAGGAUUCAACAAAAUGGAUGUUAGAGAGUGUAGAAAUCGAUUCAAUGGGCGAUGGUUCGUCCAAAGAACCCGCCACUAACCCCAACAAGAACGAAGGUGGUCUCAAGAAGAACGCAUCAAGAAAUCUUGGAGUGGGAUCGAUAAUCCGCACGCUGAGCGUUUCGAACUGGAGAAAGAGUGGGAAUCUCGGGUCUCCGAGCACAAGGAAAAGCGGGAACCUGGGGCCUCCGAUCUCGCCGGUCCCAAAGAAGGUUGGUCCACAAAGAGUGGAAAGGACAACAUCUAGUGCCGCUAGGGGACUCCAGAGCUUAAGGUUCCUUGAUCGUACGGUCACGGGACGGGAACGAGAUGCAUGGAGAUCGAUUGAGAACCGAUUUAAUCAAUUUUCUGUUGAUGGAAAGUUGCCUAAAGAGAAGUUUGGUGUCUGCAUUGGAAUGGGAGAUACAAUGGAGUUUGCGGCAGAAGUUUAUGAGGCAUUAAGUCGGAGAAGACAAAUAGAGACAGAAAACGGUAUCGACAAAGAACAACUCAAGCUGUUUUGGGAAGACAUGAUCAAGAAAGACCUCGAUUGUCGUCUCCAAAUCUUCUUUGACAUGUGUGACAAGGACGGAGAUGGUAAGCUCACGGAAGAGGAAGUGAAAGAGGUCAUAGUCUUAAGCGCGGCAGCGAACCGCCUCGGGAAUCUUAAAAAGAAUGCUGCAGCUUAUGCUUCUUUGAUAAUGGAAGAACUCGAUCCCGAUCACAAAGGAUACAUAGAGAUGUGGCAGUUAGAAAUACUAUUGACAGGGAUGGUGUCAAACACUGAUACGGAGAAGAUGAAGAAAUCGCAAACGCUAACACGCGCGAUGAUCCCAGCGCGGUACAGAACGCCAAUGAGCAAGUACAUUUCGGUAACCGCGGAAUUGAUGCACGAGAAUUGGAAGAAAAUAUGGGUCCUCACGUUGUGGAUCCUCAUCAACGUCUAUCUAUUCAUGUGGAAGUACGAAGAAUUCAUGAAAAACCCUCUCUACAACAUCACCGGACGCUGCGUUUGUGCCGCUAAAGGCGCGGCCGAAACGCUUAAACUCAACAUGGCUCUGAUUUUGGUCCCGGUUUGUAGAAAGACCCUAACGAUCCUUAGGUCAACGUUCUUGAACCGUGUGGUCCCAUUCGACGACAACAUAAACUUCCACAAGGUGAUUGCUUUUGCGAUCGCGUUUCAUUCCGUACUCCACACGUUACUACACAUCCUCUGUAACUACCCUAGAUUAAGCUCGUGCUCUUACGACGUGUUCUUGAAGUACGCGGGAGCUGCCUUGGGUAACACGCAACCGAGUUACCUAGGUUUAAUGAUGACAUCAGUGUCGAUCACGGGGGUUUUAAUGAUUUUCUUCAUGGGAUUCUCGUUUACACUAGCGAUGCAUUAUUUUAGAAGGAACAUAGUGAAAUUGCCUAAACCGUUUAACGUUCUUGCUGGGUUUAAUGCGUUUUGGUAUGCUCAUCACUUGCUGGUUCUUGCUUAUGUUCUUCUCAUCAUCCAUGGUUACUAUCUUAUCUUCGAGAAGCCUUGGUACCAAAAGACGACAUGGAUGUACUUGGCCGUACCAAUGCUGUUCUACGCAAGUGAGAGACUUUUCUCACGUCUCCUUCAAGAGCAUAGCCAUCGUGUCAACGUCAUUAAGGCGAUUGUGUAUUCGGGCAACGUUCUUGCACUUUACGUGACCAAACCUCCCGGGUUCAAAUACAAAAGUGGCAUGUACAUGUUUGUCAAGUGUCCUGAUCUCUCAAAAUUCGAAUGGCAUCCAUUCUCCAUCACUUCUGUACCAGGAGAUGACUAUUUAAGUGUUCACAUAAGAGCCUUAGGAGAUUGGACAACUGAACUUAGGAACAGGUUCGCAAAGACAUGCGAGCCCCCUACAUCAGCCGCAAAGCCUAAACCAAACAGUCUAAUGAGGAUGGAAACAAGAGCAGCCGGUGUGAAUCCUCACAUUGAAGAAUCACAAGUCUUAUUUCCAAGAAUUUUCAUCAAAGGACCGUAUGGAGCUCCGGCACAAAAUUAUCAAAAAUUCGACAUUCUCUUACUAGUUGGACUAGGGAUCGGGGCAACUCCAUUCAUAAGCAUCUUGAAAGACAUGUUAAACCAUCUAAAACCCGGGAUUCCCAAAAGUGGGCAAAAGUACGAAGGAAGUGUAGGAGGAGAGAGCAUAGGAGGUGAUAGUGUGGAUAGUGUAAGUGGUGGAGGAGGCAGGAAGUUUCCACAGAGAGCCUAUUUUUUUUGGGUUACAAGAGAACAAGCUUCCUUUGAUUGGUUCAAGGGAGUUAUGGAUGACAUCGCCGAGUAUGAUAAAACCCAUGUGAUAGAAAUGCAUAAUUACUUAACAAGCAUGUAUGAAGCGGGAGAUGCAAGAUCUGCUCUAAUCGCCAUGGUUCAGAAACUUCAACAUGCCAAGAACGGUGUUGACAUUGUCUCCGAAAGCCGGAUACGAACACAUUUCGCAAGACCUAACUGGAGGAAGGUUUUUGCCGAAUUGUCAAGCAAACACGAAGCUUGUCGAAUAGGUGUGUUCUACUGUGGAAGUCCAACACUGGUUCGACCACUUAAAGAACUUUGUCAGGAAUUUAGUCUCGAGUCAUCCACCCGUUUUACUUUCCACAAGGAAAACUUUUAA